UCGCUUCCAACCCGAAAUUCGCACCAUAAAAGAAGACCCUCGACUCUCACUCCAACAUGGCGCCGAACAGGAGGGUGAAGCGCGUGGCGGCGUCGCAGCCUGGUUUUAUGACUUUAAAUACUUCAAUUAAGCCGGAGAAUUUGGUUAGUAAUCGGAGAAAGCGUAUUAAUAAGAACAAGAAAAAGAACUGGAACAAACAUAUUGAUGUAAACGAUGUCGAGGACUUCCUAGAAGACGUACGACUUCAGGAGAGGACAACAGGAGGCCUGAUAUCUGAUAAAUCGGAUGAGAGCUUGUUCUUUUUGGAUGCCGGAGACAAGAAAGCUGGAACUCAGACAGUGGUGGAACCUACUGGGAGACGGAAAGCAUCGCGUCCCCUGAAGGUAGAUCUGAUACUGAAGAACAACUCGCUCGUCCCUGUGCCCAAGGAUAUCCUUGCUUACCAGUUACCCAAUGCUAAGAAGUUGCGCAACGUGGCCAAAAAGGCGGAGCAGCUGGCCGCCAUAGGCAAAGUGCCAAAGAAACACAGACCGCCCACCAAGGUUGACGGGCCGACCAAGACGACUGCUGCAGAUGCCCCCAACAACCCCACAAGAGAUUUCUAUGACAUCUGGGGACAAGAGACCAAAGAGACCCGUGACCCAUGGUACCUUCGUCAGACUGGCAAGGCGCCGGUCAAGCGUGGGUGGAAGUGGAACGAGAAGUCCUCCCUUAUUCCAGCUGUGGAGAUUAUCGCCCCCGGAGGUUCCUACAACCCAGACUUCUUCUCCCAUCAGGCCUUGCUGCUGAAGGCCCAUGAAGUGGAGGUGAAGAAGGAAAAAGAGGAGAACAAAAUAAUAAAACAGCUGGCAUACGACAAAGACGACAGGGCCACAGAGGAGAGCGUCUUCCAAGAGCAGGUGGAAGGUCUGGAAGAAGAAGACUAUGAUGCUAAUGAUUUCAAUAGUGCCUGCACUUUGGGAAUCCUUAAUUUAGUCGAGAAGAAGACGGAGAAGCAGAGGAAGAAGGAACGUGUGCAGAAGAUUAAGGAGCAGCGCCGUCUUGCUUCACGUUACAAGACGGGCCAGCAGCAGCAGCUGUUCCAGCUGCGCUCCAUCAAGGUGUCUCUGCGGCAGAGGGAGCAAAGGACCAAGGAGAGACAGACACAGCGCAGAGCUAACCAGGAGGCCGAGAAGUACAGGCCCCGGCGUCUCGGCAAACUCAAAUUCACGGCCCAGGACCUUGAGGUUCAGCUGACCAACGAGCUGACGGGAUCGCUCCGAACACUCAAGCCAGAGGGCAGUGUCCUCAAGGACCGGUUCAAGAGUCUGCAGAAGAGGAACCUGAUUGAACCCAGGGAGAGAGCAAAGUUCAAGCGAAGACUCAAGAUCAAAUAUGUGGAGAAGAGGUCAUUCAGAGAAAUCACCUAACUCCAUUAGCCACUGAAGGAGCAGGCGAUGCCCCUGGUUCUGAUCGCCAUCACCAUCGACAUGUAUACAAUUUGAAGCCACGUAUAAAUGGACGCCCCAGACAACAGAUGCUUUGCACGGACUGACCAUGGCUUCAAGUGGUCGAUGGACGUUUUAAAGUCUAUGGUCCCAUCACCAUUAAUGGUUGGGUUGAUGCUUAUAAAUGAAAAUAAAUAAAUGUGUCUGCCGAAAGCUGCUUGGGUUGGUCAAGGAGUUGUGUUUUUGCAGGUUUUGUAUCCCUAGGAAAUGCAAUUAAUAUUUAAAUAAAUAUUUUAUUGCUCGCA